UUACAGGUAGGCAUUGUGACUCUAAAAGACCAUAACACUCAGUGUCUUAUUGUGUUAGUUUGUCCUCAUCUUAUUCUCAGUGUCAAAUCAUGUCUUCACGCCAAAAAUCUACUUGUGGAGAUUGGCUUUGCCUUCUGCGAACCAGAGCCCUUGCCACAACCAACAAGGAUGUGAGUCAUCACAAUACAACUGCCUGCAGCCAUCAGCACAGUUUGAACUGUUCACUGUCUUCUCUUCAAGAUUGCAUCUACAGCUCAACUGUCUGUGGCUGCAGUGCAGCUGGUAACCAUCCAAGUGAUAGAUCACGGAACUGUUCUUACCAUAGAGAGUCUUCUGAUUUUUGCUUCAAAGAGGAAACUAAUGUGUUGAGCCCCAGUACUUCUAUCAAUUCCAGCACAACACAAGGUUUAAAAGUGCAGCUUGGAGCUGACUCCACCAGCAACAGUUUUGUGUGGACAAGUGCUCUAGAAACUCCUCGUCGUAAAACUUCGUUGAAAACUAACAGUAAUGUAUCUCUUCCAGAACCUUGUAAUGCCUCGGUUGUUGCUUGUACCGAUGCACUCUAUGCGCGUCAAAAUUAUGAGAUAAAUCCUCAUAAUCAAGAUAAAAAUCAUGCUAAUAAUCUCCAAAGUGAUGCAUUUACAAGUCCAAUGCCCUGUCAAAAAAAUGUUUCGACACAGUGUAAAGCCUGUAUCUCUGACGAAUGUUACUGCAAAACGGGCCAGAGAACUUUGCUCCUUGAAAUGUCUUCCAGCUUGGAACGUGAUAAGCCUCGUAUUGAAGGGGUACCCACAAUGCAUGGAAGUACUUACAACUUAGAACUUAAGUGUAAAGACCCUUAUGUACAAUGUGAAACCUCUUCACUGCGAAACAAAAAUAUUUCUAUGAUUGAAAAUGGUGGAUCGUUUAUAUCUGAUGCUGAUAUGAGUGUUAGGCUACACACUGAUGACGAGAAUACUGACGCCAAUCUGCAUGUGUUCGACUCCGUAUCUCCAAAACUUCGACGACGAUCUAAGAAGGCUACUGUGAAGAUUCUUGCUCGGUCUCUAUUCAGCAAGGAGGACGGUUCAUCGCAAAAUUCUGAAACAUCUCUUCAGAGUUCUCCGCAAGCAUCCCAAGACUCUGUUUCCGGGACUCCAACUGAAAAUUGCGAUUCAGUAAACGAAUCUUCAAAGCGUUAUUUUGGAAAGAGCAACGAGCUGCCGUUGAUAUCUUCGUCCCACGAUGACGCCGAAACGAACUAUGUUGACCUUUGCUGUCGUGCAGUUACUGAGAGCGCCAAAAAAUCUUCUGAUCCGCGCCCAUGUGAGGUUAAUUUACCAAAGGUUCCCCUAGAUCUUUCUGAACUUAAUAAGUCUCCUACUAUUGCUUCACGGACCCCCUUGAAUCGCGUGCGCAGAGCACCAUUCAGUACCAGUACUCCCUCCCUUGAAUCAAAUCUUCGAUUUAACCUCAACCCACCAGGGAAGGAGGAUACAAAUUUUGCAAACCGAUUGGAAAAAGCCGCCGAAAACGAAAUCUAUGCUAGUAAAGACUCCAAGAAAUAUUCCGUCCAUGUUGAAGAAGCUCAACGAGAGCCUCAAAGUCAAGUCAGUUCAACAAAGCCCUUGAACGAUCUUGACAAGUUGACUCAGUGUGAAGAAACAAGCCAUAGAGAUGCUACUUAUGCUGAGCGGCUCAGACCCUGGGAUCGUGCGUCAGACGAACCUAAACCUAUUGAUUUACUAUGCUUUCCUGUAAAGAUAUCUCGUAACAAUUUCUGUGUUGAACAAAAUGUUCUCAAUACGAAUGGGGUAUCAGAUACUAUUCAGAACACUUGCAACUUAAUUCUAGUAGAAAAGAGUCCUGUUCAUAAACCAGACAACGCAGUUGAUGAAGCAUCUGGAAAUCAAAAACUAGACUCAGAAAAGAACAUUUUAUUGAUAUCUAACUCACAAAAAAAAGCUUUGAUGACUCCUAUAAGAAAUGAACAUGUGAAUGAGCCUGCUUACAGGAGUCAUGACAAGCAGUCAGUUAUGGAUCCUCAGGCUGACAGCUCCACUGAAGUAUUAGUGACUCCUUCAUCAGUAGGCGCUGCUGGCAUGCAACGCAAGCUUCCUGCCACACCAUCGCUGUCUGCUCGCGGGGCCCUCAACCUCGAGAUGCUCAAGAGAAUAAUUACACCUCAGCGCAGCUUCGUUUACCCCUCACCUGUUGCUGAAACAUAUUGCCGCGUCAAGAAUCUCGAGAAAACUGAUUCUCUACACGAAGAGGUUUUUGGCUGUAGUCUGAUCGAGUCUGAUGUUACUAUAGUUGUUCCAUCUGUUGAAAAGAAAACGCAAAUUGAUGAGAAAACCGUGACAGGUGGAUCUAAAAACUGUGCAAAAGAUAUAUAUAAAUCAGUUGAGAAUGAAAACGUGUCUAAUUGCGUUACAAGUAGCAUUACUCGAAAGGAUGACAGAGUUGCAGAUUUGACUCCGCCGGUCAUAAGUCAAAGAAAUGAGCCGAAAAUGCUCAAGAAUGCUUCUCAAAAGAAUGAGUCUCAGUCGAAAUUACCUAAAAUUGGUUCUCGUAGUUACAUGAACUCUGAAGAGCUUGCCGAGGUUGACGACAUUUUACGAAACUGCGAUGUUGAGUUCGACGACCUGAUUCAGCCACCCGAUGAUAUAAAAAUAACUGCCACUCCUUCAAAUGAAAUGAAAAAAUCUAACCUUCCAAGCAAUAACGCUUGUGCAUUAAAUAAACAACCGAAUAAUAACGUUACUUAUGAUUCUGAUAAAUCUCAUCAUGAACCAUCACCAGCUCGCACCAUUAAACCAUCCUGUUCGGUUUUCCACACCGGUCGUGGCGUUGCUGUUCACGUGAGUGAGGAGGCAGUAGCUCAGGCAUCACGUCUCUGGCGUGACAUACCGCAACCUGAACAAACUUCAGUCUUGGAAAAAACAGAACUGCUUGAUUCCUCGGCAUCGUUCUACGUACCUACGGGAUCGCACAAUAUUUCUGGGAAAGACGCAUCUUUUGCUGCUAAUCAAUCGUCGCAUGAAAUUAAUGAUCUUCAAAUCAAUAUGGUUGGAAAUAAAGCUUCUGAACGUUAUACCCAAAUUGCUCACAAAUCAGUAAAUGAAAAUGAGGCCGUUGUUCCGGAAAUAUCAACACGAGACAUGAAAAAUAUUCGCGUCAAUAAUAGAAUUCCAGUGAGUCCUUCAGUUCGCGAAAAUUGUUUGGAAACUGCAUCUGCCGAUAAAUUACAAACCGCACUUCUUGAUAAUUCCGUCGGAUUCAAGACAGCUUCUGGAUUAACAGUAAAGGUAAACAAAUCAGCUAUUCAAAAAGCAGUGAGAAUGUGGAAUGAAUGCACUGACAACAAAGUUGAAGGUGAUCGAAUUUUUGAUGAACGUAACCUACCUAUAGUUCCAGCGUCUUCUAGUACGAUCGAAGUAACGAAGAAUGUGACUGAACACGAGUCGCAAACCAACCUUGCGAAGACAUUUCAUUCCAGCGAAGAAAUCGUUUCUUCAUCAGGGACUUCUUGCAUUGGGUUUAGAACUGCGAGGGGCAAGAGUGUGCAAACGUCGGCACGAGCGCUAGAAAAAGCUAAACGCAUGUGGAAUGACUGUUCUUCAUCCACUGAAGCAUCUACAACAGACAAAAUAGGCUUUAAUAUGGACUCGGUUCAGAAUAAUAGUUUCCUUGAUAAAGCUUCUUCACAGUCAGUUCCUGAGAAGAGGUUGAAAAGUGCGGUAUGUCAGCCGCGUGAAUGCGAUCAGCUUGAUCUUGCACUCCAUAAAAGUCCAUCAAAUAUGGCUAAUUUAAAAUUCGAAGGUUUCAAGACAGCUGCUGGCUCGGCAGUUUCCGUGAGUGAGAAAGCCGUACAAGCUGCCAAGAUGCUAUGGCAAAACCUCGAUGAGACCAACUCUGAGCAAAAACCCCCAGAAAUUAUGAAAAAAACUGAUAAAUUACUUAGCUCAACCAAUUUCCAAACGCCUACUGCCGGAAAAUCUUCCAAGAAGGAAUUUAUUAAACAUAAAGUAGAUCCAAUGCGAAUCAAAGGAGUCAGCUCUAAAUUACCUGAACCCGAGUCCUAUUACACAAAUUGUAAUAGAACACCUAAACAAGUAUUCUAUCCUGUUCCUAAGAGAACUUCGAGUCAAAUGGACGGAAGUGAUAUCGCUCAUCCCGCGCCCGUAGGGACUCUGACUGAUGAGGAGCAGGCUAUUCUCGACACUCAGUUCUCAGAAAUUGCCGAAGAGUUUUUAAAAGAUGACUGGAAUUUGGAAACUGAAAACUCAGGAGUAACAUCAACUGUCCCAAUUAUGGCAACAGAAAAUUCGUCUUCUUCUAGCAAUGCGAGAGAUUCUGUAGCAGACAAGCGGAAAAUUUCGCCGCAACUCGAAACGGACUGCAAACGUCAAAAAGUGAAUAAUCUUGCAUAUAUUCAGGACAUGAAUGGUAUGGAUUCCUUGCCUCAGUGUGCCAUCGAAUCACACAAUAAAGUUCUGCCGUUUCCUCAAGAUACCACGAAUUGCAUCGGUCUACCCCAGACCAUCACUGGGUCUGGUACAAUCGAAAAACUCACAGAAUCCAACGACCAUGAUCUGUUACGCGUUUCAACUAAUACUGAUGUGAAUUCAGAGUCCCGCAAUUCGGUAUCCAAUGCAGUUUUGCUUCACCGCGACAAUUUUGCGGAAGAUAAAAAGAAUAUUGCGUGCAGUGACCGUGUGGAUGUAGUUAUAAGCGACGAAAUGCCAGGCGAAUGUCAUUCUGACGCCUCAGUUCGCAUAGCUGGUAACACUUCUUUGUCCCAGGACAGUUCGCUGCUUGUUAGAAAUAAAGUACAACCGAAGUAUCAUGGUAAUAGUGAUGAAGAGAGGAAAACGUCUUCGCUACCAAACUCUAUGAAAAUGGUAAAUCCUGAUAUCGAUUCAGCAAAAUUAAAAAUUAUUGAUUCUUCUCAGCGGAAAGCUCUUACUGAAGAAAAUGUAAGCAAUGUGCUUGCAAUGCAGAAAAAAAGUUCACUCGUUAGAGGAGGUUCUAGUAAGAAAACUGCAUCAGUUGCUCAUGCUGAAAAUAUGGCGACUGGGAAGUCCGUGAACGUUUUCGGCGAAGCUAAGCAAAGUUCUCUUUAUCUUUAUAAGUCAUCUGAUAGCAACACUGAUGUCGGGACCGAGAAUUCACCAGCGCAGCUGAAAUCGCAAGAGAUCAAGAAAAAAAUUCUCCAUUUACGUAAUUCUUAUGGCAAUCCGAAGUCGCUGUCGCCGCUGCCGAGCUCGCCAGCAGUCCUGCGAAUGCCGUUCAGAACGCCCGUUAGGAAUAAGUUAACUCAGGAGUAGCUGCUAACUUAGUGGUACAUGUUCAUAUUUUUGUAUAUGUUCAUGUUUUGGUACAUGUUCAAGUUUUGAUACAUGUUUAAAUUAUGGUACAUGUUCCUGUUUUGGUAUAUGUUCAUGUUUUGGUACAUGUUCAUGUUUUGGUACAUGUUCAUGUUUUGGUACAUGUUCAUGUUUUGGUACAUGUUCAUGUUUUGGUACCUGCUCAUGUUUUGGUACAUGUUCAUGUGUGGUACAGGUUCAUGUUUUGAUACAUGUUUACGUUUUGGUACAUGUUCAUGUUUGGUACGGUACAUGUUCAUGUUUUGGUGGUACAUGUUCAUGUUCUGGUACAUGUUCAUGUUUUGGUACAUUUUCAUGUUUUGGUACGUGUUCAUGUUUGGUACAUGUUCAUGUUUUGGUGGUACAUGUUCAUUCUGAACGCUAUGUUCUCACAUUAAAUUUGUUUCUGAUAUGGUAUUUUUUUUGGGAUUUUUUUUGGGGGGAGAUAAAUAAGAGGAACACAUUUUAGAUCGUUCGACUUUGGGUCGAUUGAUUUUUGUAUGAUUUAAUUUUGUUUUUCUUAUUGUUCGAGCUAUGAUUUGACUGUAAAACGUAACUUCUAAGUCAUGCCACAUAUGCAUCGCUUAUUAUUGUUGCAACACAGGAAAAACUAUUUUUUUAUGACGUAUUUGCCAAAACCGGAUGAUUUACUGUCACUCAUGAUUAGUUCCAAUAAAAUGAGUGCAGUU